AUGGAUUUAAGACUCCUGCUUCUGGUGUUCUGUAUGGUUGCUUCUGAGGUCCCGGACAUUCAGACCAGACCAAUCGACUUUGUGUGUGAUGACCAUGCCAGGAGAGACAUGAACAUGGUGAAGGAGCUGGAGGCUGCCAUGAAUGACUGCAGUGGUUCGGCCCUUCUCCCCUCAUCGAUCCAACUGCCUUGUGUGAAGAUUAACAAAGCAUCUUGGGAAAAAAAAUCUAUGCAGGAGAAGAGGGGUGACAUCCUGGCAGCUCUGGGAACUCUGGCACAGGGUGUGCGGGUGACAAGGAUGCUGACCACGCCCGGGUGUCAGUUCUCUCUGCUGGAGCGGCUGGAGCACAGCAUCACCAACUACUUGCACAUAGUGACACAUCUAGAGCUCACGGGUGAAGCGGAGAGCCCGGUCACCAGCUGCCCCAGCCAGGUCACACAGAACCUGGGUCAGGUGCUCCGGCACUUCAGCUGGCUGCUCACGGGCAAACUGGAGUGGCUCAUAGCAGAACUGAAGACCCAGUGCCAGACAGAGAGGCUGACUUCCAACCUCUAA